UCCAAAUCUGGAUCAAACCCCUCUCAUCUCUCUCACCCUUUUCAUCUUUCCUUGUGCCUCUGAGUUUUUCAGUUUUGUACUUGUGGUGGGAGGGGUUGCUGUUGUGUAGCAAAUGGCCAUGGCCAAGUUUUUUGCUUUCAUGAUCUUGGCACUCAUCGCCAUUUCCAUGCUCCAAACCACGGUCAUGGCAUCUCACGGGCGUGGAGGUCAUCACAACAACAACAGAGGAAACUAUGGAGAAGGGAGUCUCAAGAGCUUCCAAUGCCCAUCUCAAUGCACAAGGAGGUGCAGCAAGACCCAGUACCACAAGCCUUGCAUGUUCUUCUGCCAGAAGUGCUGCAAGAAAUGCCUCUGCGUGCCCCCGGGGUAUUAUGGUAAUAAGGCCGUGUGCCCUUGCUACAACAACUGGAAGACCAAGGAAGGAGGACCAAAAUGCCCUUGAGCUUACCAAAUCAAAUCCCAUUUUCCCUUUUUUGUGUUCCUUUUCCUUUUGUCUUACUUCCUAAAUCAGUCUGUUGUCUCUAAAUAUUAAAGCGUACUAUUAGUGAGAUGCGGUUAAUACUGCUGACUACUACUAUAUCUAUGUAUUAUCCCUGGCUUGAGUUUUUUGUUCCUUAAUUUGGCCUCUUCAAAAAGGGCUCGGAAGAAGUGUUUUGUCACACCUUAAGAAGUCACUCCUUUAGGAUUUCCUCCUAAAUGAGAGUGGCUAAUUAAUCUAUAUUGUAAUCCAUGAAAUUAAUGGCUUUUACUACUAAUGGGCAUCCAAGCUCUUUCUACUA